AUGACUACCCCUUCUCUACCAAUCAUUCAGUUGACCAUCAUUGGGUGCGGUACGCUUGCGUCUGGUAUCGUCGAUGGCCUCAGAAACCAACACAAUCUUACAAGAUCUUACCGUCUCAGCCUGACAGGAAGACGGGAAGAACAUGUCAACUUCCUUAGGAAGAAGCAUCCGGAGGCACUCGUCACGGCCAACAAUUGUGAUCCCCGGAUUUGGGCCCCGGUCCCAGGAGCCACGGCACAUUUGGUGGUCAUUGGAACCCAGCCUCAGUUCACCAAGGCCGUAUGCACCGAGAUCCGCGACACGAUCGAAUCAUUUUGCAAGGCCAAUCCUCCUGUCGUUCUGACAAUGUGUCCUGGAAUCACGAUUUCCCAGCUGCAAACUUGGCUGCCAGCCAAUUACCCAAUUAUUCGUUCGAUGCCCAACACGCCAGUCGCCGUAGGCCAAGGUGCUACAGCACUAUUCGCGAACAAAUUCGUCACAUCAGGAUCGAUCAAUGAGAUCAAGAAGGUCUUCCUGAACGUUUCUCCCUGCGUUGAAUGCCUAAACUGCGAAGAUCUUCUGGACGUUGUAGCCUCGGUUUCAGGUUCUGGACCUGCUUAUUUAUUCUACAUGGCACAAGCAAUAGUGGAUGCUGCCAUUGCGAAAGGAUUGCCCGAAAAGCAAGCGAAAUCCUUGGUCAUUCAGUCGGUCAUCGGCGCGAGCCUGCUGGCACAACGCAUGCCUCAAUCUUUGUCCGAACUUCUUGACGAUGUGUGUGUUCCUGGUGGAAGCACAGAAAAGGCCAUGGCCACGCUGGACUUGCAUGGGGCUAACGAUGCAAUCCUGAAAGCGGUGCAUGUGAGUUGGCAAGCAAAUCUGGAAAUGGGAAAAGUUUGA